CCUAGGGUUGGGGUGAGCGGGAGUGUGAGCGGUCCCGGGAAGAGCGGCCCGGAGCUGGGGAGACUGAGCUGAGCCGCAGCGUGGACUCGGCCCUCGGCCGCCGUUCCCCGCGAUGUUGCGGCGGCUCUUUUCCCGCUGGAAGCGCUACAAGUACCGGCUGGUGCCCUGGAUCGCGCUGAACGUGGGCAGAAACCCCAGGACGAUACGAUUUGUUCCAGAAACUUCUUUGGAUAAAGUUAUUUCCGAUGGUGCGAUUGAGACCUCAUUACUGAAGUUAUUUAGUGCUUUGUUCAGGAGAGAUUUGAGCAAUCAAGCUGAGUUUCUUAAUAUGCUGCCGGAAAGUAUUCAAUCAAAAUAUAAGGAUAUAUUAACUCAUUUUCAAUCAGUUAAAGAAACAAAAGGAAAUCGAAUAGAUUUUAACCCCGAAGGUGCUAUGUUUGAAGCACUUGGAUUCGUUAUAAGAAGAGCAACCAGUUCACUUUCAUCUGCAGGAAGAGGGGUAUUUGUUUCGACAGGAAAGGUGCCGAAAGGAACAGUUGUUUGCAUGUAUCCUGGUACUGUCUAUCAGCAAUAUGAACCAAUCUUUUUCCAGUCUAUAUGCAACCCAUUCAUCUUCCGGUGUAUAGAUGGUGUGUUAAUUGAUGGAAAUGACAAAGGGAUUUCGAAAGUUAUUUACAGGUCUUGCAGUGGACGGGAUAGACUUGGUCCUUAUAAAACAAGUGAUCUCACUUGGCUUACAGAAACCCCAGUCAAUCCAUUAGGUGUGGGCCAAUAUGUUAACAACUGUACUAAUGAAAAAGAAGCCAAUGUAUACUAUCAGGAAUUUGAUGUUCCCAUGACAUUUCCUCUAGAGUUCCGUCAGUAUGUCCCUAAUGUCAACUACAGGCAUGAUGCGGAAAGGCCUUUGCGAUGUGUGGUUCUUGUGGCACUUCGAGAUAUAGAGAUGGGAGAAGAGCUGUUCUCUAAUUACUACACUAUAAUAAAAUAAAAACACAGGACACACCAUGUCUGGUGCUUCAACCCACUCUCUGGAGGUUUGCUUUUUAGCUAUUGAUGCCAAAUUCUCAAAAAAUUAUUUCUCUGCAAAACAGCAUUUUAGAAAGUGUCAAGAUGCUCUGCCUUUUAGAGUAUAUUUUGAAAUACAUAACUUUUGUAUAAAUAAAGUAAUUAUAAUUAUUGUUUUGUGUGUAAUGUGGAGAACAAUGCCUUAAAUCAGAGUUGUGAAGGCAAUUUAUUUUCAUUCGCUGAACUUUUUAUUCUAUUUUUCUUGUCAGGCUGCCAGAGCCUUGGCAGUGAAGGAAGGCAGUAAGGAGGCAGUCAGUUUCCAAACAACCAUCAAAAACAGGGAAGAGUAAUUGAAGGAUACUUCAUGUUUGCUCUCUGCUGGACACUCAUUGAAACAGCAGUCUAGUGGUAGGAGAAAACAGAACUGGCUAAUGACUUGAUUUUUAUCUUCACUGCACCUUGUUAGUGCUUUCUGAAGAAAAUGGGAAUAGCUGCCUUUCCCUGGACUCCAUUUAGUGUGCAUCAGGAUUAGACAGUGAUCCAACCUUAAACUUAUAGCAGGUGUUUUAUUCAAAUUGAACUGUAACUAUUUCUUCAGGGAGAAUGUCACUGGAUAACCAGACAACCUCUUCUACACCAGAAGGAUGCUUUGCAACAAAGAACUGACCACUCAGAUGACCACAAAAAAGCAAACUACUCCUAUCUGAAAUAAAACAGAAAAUGCUGGAAGGAUGCUGUGUACCCUGUAUACCUACUGAGGUGCUAAUUCAUUUUGUGA